UUAAACAUGAACAAGCCCAUACAAUCCCAUAGGCAUCAUGUGCCACUCAAACAUCGGCAGCUAUCUCUCACAACCUUUAUCACCACAUGAAACUUCAACUGUUUAUCGGUCCCUGUCUGCCUCAAACCCUCCCGGAUUGCGCUUCGUCGGAUCCUUUCAGCUCAACACACAAAGGAUGAACAACCCUGCUCAACCCUUAUACUCUUUGCGGACAGCGCAAACAUAGGAUGCGAUCUGUAGAGAAAUGUCUUCAGUACUAAAUUCUACAUGAUCUUUGCUCAGCUCCGCACACUAUUACUACCCCUAGCAUCACAUCUCGUACUGACCACAACCACCCUUGCCCAUACUGACCAUCCCAGCAACUGGACACCUCAACAGACGAAUCCAGUCGAUACACUUUGGGCCUCUACAAACGCUGCUGUACCUAUCGUAACUCGAGAGCAGCAUACUCCACUGCCAAACCUCGUACCUGUACAGCUUUCCCGAAAGCCGCAGCAACUUGUCACCCAUACCCAAACCAUUGGUCUACCAACUCCACAACAACCUCAGGGUGUAUUACCUUUUAUUAAUCCCCUUUCGAUCAUCGUCAUACUCUGCGCCGUUCAAGGUUUCAUAUCGACCUUUACGACCUCGCCCUUUUCUUUCCAAAUGUCUUCCUCUCCCAAACCUUCUGGUUCAUCCACUUCCUCUUCCAGUCCCAAACCCUCAAGCUCAUCCUCCUCUCCGACCCCUAAACCCUCUUCUCCUCAGCCUAUACCCACCAUCUCCGCCAAUGCUUGGAUGUCAUUCUUCCUCUUUUGCUGCCUCAUCCUCAUCAUCCUUCAAGGUCCACUCGGACUUACAGGCGGAGGCGCCCUUCCAGGUGUAGCCCAAUGGGCCCAAUGGCCAAACUUUGGCGGCGGCGGUGGUGGUGGUGGUGGUUGGUGGGGGGGCUGGAAUGGGCUCAGCUCCGGUCUGGGCUUGGGCGGUGCACCAGGGUGUGUCGGGGUGAUGGCUGGGGUGGUGCCUUGGUGCCAGCCUCAAGUCCAUCAACUUCCACCCCAACCCCAUCUAGUCCCGCCUCUACCCCAAGUCCAAAUCCAGCAGAUCGUCCAGAAUGCUCCCCUUCCCCCUCAUUACCCACCACCCCGGCAGAGGAUAGUUAGUCACCAAGCCGCUGCGGGCGUAGGUGCGCAAAUGGGCGGUCAGGGUGGUUUCGCGACACCUGAAGGAGGUGGUGGAUGGAGUUGGUAUGCUAAUGGACCUUCACCUGCUUCCCCUGGUGUAGUACGGCAGUAUACUGGUGAGUACUAUCCACCGCAGCAGCGAUCAGUCCAAUAUCAACGUCCAGGUCUUCAACUACAAGUCUCAACCGGUCCCCAACAAUCAGUUUCCAACCAACCUUACACCUACACUUACCCCCAACAUUCUCCAUACCGAUGUACAAUCUACCAACCAUGGUUUUGCGCUCCUGCUUUUGCUUAUGCCCAAUCAUACCCUCCCGGCGGCGUUGGAACGGUGUAUGAACCUCCUCCUCGUGCUUAUGCCUAUCGGUACCAACAACCGUAUUCUUACGUUCUCGGGCACCGACAUUACCCUCACCGCCAUCACCAAACCGGACAACUCCACCUGGCUCAUCCCCAACGCCACGUUUAUGCAAACGCACCAACAUACGGAUAUCAAUACCAACAAACAGGUAUGGAUGGGAACAUCCAAACCCAGGUUCAAGGGCAAGGGCAACCCAUACGCGUUGUACAUCCUCCUCCCCAGCAGGAGAUACCUUGUCCUCCUCAAGCUGUAUUACCUGCAGCACCGCCUAUAGGUGUAACGCCAAAUCCAUUUGGCGGACUUGCAAACCUGGACAAUGCGUUUUACCCAUUACUCGUAGGGGCUAUCGCUCUUCUUGUAAUCUUUGAUUACAUGUCAUAAUUGGCAUUGUUCAGGGACUGUUCCGCAGAGGAGUUUAUGAGGUGUACCCUGGUUGUUGGGAAAAUCUCGCCUGUUAUCUUGUUGUAUUCUUGUAUCCAUGUACUUUCUGCCUUCAACCCACAAAUAUCACCGCUCAAUCCCGCCCUCUUCUUCGGUUCUAUAAACGCAAUAAAGGGCAAGAAGGCUGAUCGAUUGCGUUCGACGAACAUCAUGCCAUGACAAGAUU